AUGGCUCCCGCGCUGGCCUACGCUACGGCCUUUGGCCUGGCGCUGCUGCAGGCGCUGGUUAGGCUAGACACGCAGCCGGCAGACACCAACCCGCUGGUGUCACCGCUGAGUGGCGCCGCUGCGCUGACCUUGGCACUCAACGCAGCGGGCCUUCCCAGCACCACCCACGCCGAGCUGCUGCGCGCCCUGACCCAGAACCGGACCCUGGUCGGGACGGGGGCCGCCCUGGAGCAGGCCGCCAACGCUGAGCUGUCGCGGCUGCUGGCGGCGGUGCCCAGCGGCGGCGGUGGUGGUCGCGGCGGUGGUGCUGGCACCACAGGGGAGCAGGUUCUUCUUGCCAACAGCGUUUGGACCAGGAAGGGGGUGCCCCUCAAGAAGAGCUAUGUCGACGCCAUGAAGAAGGCGUUCCAGGCCACCGCGGCCACCGCCAACAGCGUCUCAGACAUCAACGCGUGGGCCAAGAAUGUCACCCAGGGCCUGAUCCCCGAGCUGCUGGCCCCGGGCACGCCCUUCGACGUGGUGCUGGCCGAUGCCCUGUACUUCAAGGGCAAGUGGCGCACACGGUUUGAGGAGAGGGCCACCCGGCCGUGGACCUUCACAACAGCCAAGGGCGUCAAGCAGCAGGCGCGCGGGGCGGGACAGGGGCAGUACAUUUAUGUAUUUGAGGGGGUGUCGAUGAUGUCACACGUCUUUGGUGGCGGGGAGGUCCUGACCGCGCAGCUUCCCGGAAGCUUUACCGCCGUCCGGCUGCCGUACCGCAGUGGCAACUUCAGCGCCAUUGCCAUCCUGCCAGCCAACGCCACCGCGGGCCCAGAGUCCCUGCUGCCGCUGCUGCUUGGCCCCAAGGCGCCCGCGGCCGGCCUGUUUGCGCCCCUCCCGGGUGGCGCCGGCGCGGUGAAAGCUUCGGCGCCCGACGCGCUGUGGCGGCCGGCGGGGCCGAAGGGGCUCGUCCUGCAGCUGCCGCGCUUCAAGCUGCGCGCCAAAGUGAGCCUGGUGGACCCCCUCAAGAAGCUUGGCGUGGAGGCGGCGUUUGCGGAGAAGGCGGCCGACUUCUCGCGCGCGGAGGGGGACCCCGCCAGGCCGCUGGUCGUGUCUGACGUCAUCCAGGAGGUGCGCGGCUGCGCUCUUGAUGAGCCCGCUCGUCGAUGA